AGGGGGCCGCGCGCGCCGGGAGCGCGCCCCCCACACCUGCUCCCGCGCUCGGGGCGGCGUGCGCUCGCCGACCUCGCGCGCCCGGUGGAGCCAGCCGGGCGCGCGCGCGCAGACCCCCUUCCUGGCGGCCUCGCCGUCCGCGUCCCGGCGCCGCUCAUUGGCCGGCCCCGCAGGGCUCGCCCGCCUCCCCCCUCCCCGCGCGCUCGGGGCUGGCGGUGGGCGAGGGUCGGGACACCACCCCACCCCAAAGGCAGUGGUUGACCUCCAGUCAGCCCCCCUCACCUGAGCGCACCGUGUGAUUCUGGAGAAGCGGUUGCCCCGCCAUCUGUGCGCCUGUUCCCAGGGGUCGAGGUGACACCUGCAGCCCCUGCUCCUAACUGCACCUGUGCUCCCCCCGCCCUCCUCUUCGGGACACCCCAGCUCUGCUGCUGCUGCUGCUGCUGCUGGCGGCCGUAGCCUAUUGUGUCCUUACUGUGUGUCAGCGGACUGCCCUGGUGUAACCACUUCCCAGGACCACGGACCCCAUGAUGUCCCCUCGGCCCCGAGUCCCUUUCUUCUCACUCCCGGGCUGGGCCAUUGUGUCCGAAUCCUUGGCCCGGCCACUUCCUAGCAGAGGGAGCUUGAGCAGCUGACGUGGCUCUCCCGUGCCCGGGUUUCCCCAUUUGCCAAGCGAGGGUGAUGGUGACCUUCUCAGAGGGCUAAUGUCUCCCGGUGCUCGGUGUCCUGAGCCGUUGCUGUGACUCGUCCCCAUGGCAUGCCCCCGGGAGGCGGUGGGACUCCGUCCUCUUUUGCAGAAGGCCUCACUGAGGCCCAGAGCCACGCAGAGUGACAGACUCGGGAAUCCGACCCAGAACGUCAGCCUCCGGAGACUAGACUCCAGUGUAUUUCCUCACCCGCUGCUCGAGCCCGGCUCCAGUACCCAGGCCCAGGUCCUCCACUGCUGAAUGGACACCCCCAGCCCAGACCCGUUGCCUUCGCCUUUGCCCGGGGAGGAAGAGAAACCUCUGGCCUUACCUUCUGUCCCCCGGGGCCGCCCGGGUGAGCGUCCGGGAGGGGCCACCUCCUCCAGUCAGAGGCUCAAGGCCUGCCCCCCUCGCAAGCGGGGCCGCCCCCCCAAGUCAGGGCAGGAGCCCCCGCUGGCGCCCGGGGUGACAGCCCCGGCGGGCGGCGGCCGCGAUGGCAGCGGCCUCCUGCUGAUCGAUGACCAGGGUGUGCCCUAUACCGUCUCGGAAGGGGCCGUGGCCGACGGCCCCGAGGGCCCGGGCCCCAGGAAGACCCCGCACUUCUGCCCCGUGUGCCUGCGGGCCUUCCCCUACCUCUCGGACCUGGAGCGCCACAGCAUCUCGCACUCGGAGCUGAAGCCACACGAGUGCAAGGACUGCGGCAAGACCUUCAAGCGGUCCAGCCACCUGCGGCGGCACUGCAACAUCCACACCGGCCUGCGGCCCUUCCGCUGCCAGCUCUGCCCGCGCCGCUUCCGCGAGGCCGGCGAGCUGGCGCACCACCACCGCGUGCACUCCGGGGAGCGCCCCUACCAGUGCCCCAUCUGCCGCAUGCGCUUCACAGAGGCCAACUCGCUCCGGCGCCAUGCCAAACGCAAGCACCCCGAGACCAUGGGGGCCCCCGCGUGCCCCCCCGAACCAGGGCCUGAGCUACCGUGGGACCACGAGGGCCUCCUGGCCACCGAAGGGGCCGAGGAAGAGGAGGAGGGGCCGGAGGGAAAGGAGCUGGCCUGACCCGCACCCCCGGCCAGGGUUAGAGCUGGGGGUCCAGCCGGUGCUGCGCCUGGGCAGUGGAGCCCAGCCACCCUCCUGUCUGCUGGGAUUCUUGUUGCGGGCGGGCGGGGGUUGCGGGCGAGGACCUCAACUUCCGGUGGGCGCUGCCGCCUUCUGCCGCCUUCUCCCGGACUUGCAGGCCCUUGGACGCAGGGGCCACAGAAAUAAAUCACUGCCUCCAGGC